AUGUUCGACAGGUCCAGAUGGGACUUGGACUCGAUGUACGAGGCGAUCUUUGAGUUGCUCGAGGCGUCUAUCUCUCCAAGGUACGCGAGCACGUCUCCUUUCAAGAUACGUCCUUUAGGUCCGGUUGCUGGGAUCUUGGCCAGGGCCUCUUCCUUGGAAAUGCCCUUGAGGUGCAGAAGCAGCUCCACUGAAGGGAACAAGACCUGGUUCGGGUCGGUCUUCGUGGCCGAAGACGUGGAUUGUGCGGGUUUAGACUGUGGUUGCGCUUUUGGUUCUGGUGGAGGGGCAGGCUUUUCUGUCUGUUUUGGCUCUGGCUUGGACUCGGCCUCGAUCUCCGGCAGCUUCAGCGUGGCCAGGUCGUCCUCGGGAUCCGCCAGAAACGCAAUUGGCGUUCCCACCUUGAUUUCUUUGUCCCCGUCGUGCUUGAGCAGUUUCGCAACAAUACCGUCGUCCUGGGCCUCCACGUCGAUGGUGGCCUUAUCUGUUUCAACCUCCAGCAGCACGUCGCCCGAGCUGAACUUAUCGCCCUCCUUCACUUUCCACGAAACAAUGCCACCUUCCUCCAUGGUGGGGGACAUGGCUGGCAUCCCAAAUGGGGUAGCUUUCAGCUUGAGUGCUGUGGUAUGGAAAGCUGCUGAGUCAGAAACCUGCAAAUAG